AGCCGCCGGCUUCCGGCACCGGCCCACUUCCUGGAGGGCCGCCCUUAAACGCCGCCCGCCGCGCUCGCAGGGCGCUGCCGCCGCCCGCCCCUCCGCGGCAUGCCCACGCCGGGAGCCGGCGGCGCGAAGGGAGGCGGCGUUUCGUGCACCGGCGCCUUUCGGGCGAGGCCGCGAGCGCGGCGCGCCGCCUGACCGAGAGCGCCGGCCGCCGCGGCUCGCCCAACAGCCGCCCGCCCGCCGCGGCGGGGAGCCGCCAGCCCUGCGGGGGGCCGUUGCGCCGCCGCCGCCCCUCGCAGGCCGCCCGGCCCCGCCGCGGGGGUCGCCGCGCCACCAUGUUCAGCUGGCUGGGCACCGACGACCGCCGGCGCAAGGACCCCGAGGUGUUCCAGACCGUGAGCGAGGGCCUCAAGAAGCUCUACAAGACCAAGCUGCUGCCGCUGGAGGAGCACUACAAGUUCCACGAGUUCCACUCGCCCGCCCUGGAGGAUGCCGACUUCGACAACAAGCCCAUGGUGCUCCUCGUGGGGCAGUACUCCACGGGCAAGACCACCUUCAUCAGGUACCUGCUAGAGCAGGAUUUUCCAGGGAUGAGGAUUGGACCAGAGCCUACAACCGACUCCUUCAUUGCAGUUAUGCAAGGAGAUGUGGAAGGAAUCGUUCCUGGAAAUGCUUUGGUGGUGGAUCCCAAAAAACCGUUCAGGAAACUCAACGCUUUUGGCAAUGCCUUUUUGAACAGGUUCGUUUGUGCCCAGCUACCUAAUCCUGUACUAGAAAGCAUCAGUGUCAUUGAUACACCAGGAAUCCUUUCUGGAGAAAAGCAGAGAAUUAGCAGAGGUUAUGACUUUGCUGCCGUGCUGGAGUGGUUUGCAGAGCGGGUCGACCGCAUCAUUCUCCUUUUUGAUGCGCACAAGCUGGACAUCUCAGAUGAAUUCUCUGAGGUCAUCAAGGCCCUGAAAAACCAUGAGGACAAGAUGAGAGUUGUCCUCAACAAAGCAGACCAGAUAGAGACUCAGCAGCUCAUGCGGGUGUACGGUGCCCUCAUGUGGUCCCUGGGAAAGAUUGUCAACACUCCUGAGGUCAUCAGGGUCUACAUCGGCUCCUUCUGGUCCCAUCCGCUGCUCAUCCCUGAUAACCGCAAGCUGUUUGAGGCGGAGGAGCAGGACCUGUUCAGGGAUAUUCAGAGCCUACCCCGCAAUGCAGCCCUGAGGAAGCUGAAUGAUCUCAUCAAGCGAGCACGGCUGGCCAAGGUCCAUGCCUACAUCAUCAGUUCCCUAAAGAAGGAAAUGCCCUCAGUAUUUGGGAAAGACAAUAAAAAGAAAGAGCUUGUUAACAAUUUGGGAGAGAUUUAUGCCCGAAUUGAACGGGAGCAUCAGAUCUCACCAGGGGACUUCCCUAAUCGGAGGAAGAUGCAGGAUCAGUUGCAGGCUCAGGAUUUUAGCAAGUUCCAGCCCCUGAAGAGCAAGCUACUGGAGACAGUGGAAGACAUGCUGGCCAAUGACAUUGCCCAGCUUAUGGUGCUUGUACGCCAAGAGGAGUCGCAGCGGCCUACCCAGAUGGUGAAGGGAGGAGCCUUCGAGGGCACCCUGCACGGUCCAUUUGGCCAUGGCUACGGUGAAGGCGCUGGUGAAGGGAUCGAUGAUGCUGAGUGGGUGGUGGCCAGGGACAAGCCCAUGUACGAUGAGAUUUUCUACACACUCUCGCCUGUUGAUGGUAAAAUAACUGGUGCCAAUGCAAAGAAGGAGAUGGUAAGGUCUAAGCUGCCCAACACUGUGCUGGGCAAGAUAUGGAAACUGGCUGACAUCGACAAAGAUGGCAUGCUGGAUGAUGAGGAGUUUGCCUUGGCGAAUCAUCUCAUUAAAGUCAAGUUGGAGGGUCAUGAGCUGCCGAAUGAGCUCCCUUCCCAUCUCCUCCCUCCAUCCAAGAGGAAAAUAACAGAGUGAAGGAAAGGUUGCAGGGGAGUGGGAGGGGAGGAAGAAGAGAUCUAGAGAAACAUGUUUACUUAAAUUAUACCUUUAGAUGUGAGAUCACCUUUGGAUUUAUAACUAUUUUGCUGUAUGAAGAAAAAAGGCAAAACAAAGAAAAGUCCAAUCCUUCAUGAUAAUAUGCAAUUAACUCUUCCAGUGUAAUUUCCCUGCUUUCUAAUGUUUAGUCUGUAAAUACAAAGAAUGUUGAGACUAGAAGAAGCUGACAAGUGAGAGUAGAAGAACGACUCAAGUGGGCUGCAUCUUUUGAGAGUGGAAUAGGCACUAAUAGAAGUCUCCUAACUGCCAGUAUCACUCCUGAGCUUUGGCUGCACCUUGCAGCAUUUAAUUGGUCUCACAAACCCCAGGAGACUUCUGAGAUCCUUGCUAGUGAAGGGGAAAACCACAAAAAGGUCACCAAGCUGUUAACCAAACUAAAGAGCACCUCCUAAUUCAUGAUGAGCCUAUACCAGAUACUAAACCUCAAGUUAAGAAUUUCAGGAAUCUGGAUUUACCUUUUGUAAAACUUGGAUUUAGUGGUUCCCUGUCCUUAAAAAAAACAGAAGAAAUCUGAAAUGGCUUGGCUGUGAAUAAGGACAGCUGGAAUUCCUCAUUAACCACAAAGGGACAGACCUUAAGAGUUCCCAAGCACUUCUACCUCCCAUUUGUUCCCUGGGGGAGACUUGCUCUCAGAGCAUGGCCAAGAGAACAGCCACCCCACGAGAAACAGCAGGAAGAGGGUGCUAGAGGCAGAGAUCAGGUGGCUUGGAAGGGAGGCCAGGACUCACCAGUCCCAGGCUCACUGAACAUUUCACAAGUGGAUAGUGUUUUCUCCUUCAAAAGCCUUUGAUCAAUGGUGGUGUUUAUCAUUCCUGUGAAGUGAUAUGUUUACUCUCAUUGUGUGCAGUGAAAGCUACUAGGUCCCAUUCUUACUGUAAAGAUAAAAACCCCACAUUGUCAGGUAGAUUGUCCAUCAUACAAGCAAAGAACACAGAGGGGCAGCAGGCAGAACUUGCUAUACUGCCUAUGACCCCCCCCCCCCAAUAUAGCCUGGAUGUUAACAGCCUUCACCUACCCCCAUCCUCCACACACAGUAACAGUAACCCUGAGCCAAGAGGCGUUCCACUCUGUCAUGCUCUAUGAGAUUUCUGUUUUCUUAAGACUUGAUUUUGGUAGAAAUCCCUGAAUUUCCCAUUUUGUUUCCCUACACACACAUGCUCACAUACACGCAGUCUUCUGGUUUUUAGUUGUUGCUUUAGAGCAGCGUGUUGUUCCAAUUCCUGUUGUCACUUUAUAUAAGCUGAGCUCCUACUGUGAUGAAAAAACCAAGACAAGUAUAACUUAUUUUAUAUCUCUGUGUUCAUAUUAUAUAGAGAAAUAUAUUCUGUGUAUGUAGGAUGUGCUUAUUGCAGUACAUUUAUCACUUGUCUUAAAAAUUAAUGCAUUAACCUUUUUUGUACCCUGGUCCUAAAACAUUAUUAAAAAGAAAGACCAGA